GAGACUGAUAGCAGCUUUCCAUUAACUGCUGCUCCUAUCAACAUGUUGCAUGCUGACAUCAAAGAAGAGGUCCCAGAAGAAAACAAUUCUGAUGUGGACCAGCAUCAGCUGCAGCUUCUCUACAUGAAGGAGGAAGGUGAAAGAAUAUGUGGCAGACAGAAAGGAGAGCAAGAGAAUUUGAAGGAGGAGACUGAAGAUACCAGGUUUCCAUCAACCGUUGUUAAUAUGAAGAGUGAACAGGAUGAAGAGAAACCUCCAUUCUCUAACUAUCAUCAACAGCUAACAGAAGUCAGAGAUUUUACAACCAGCCCUUCAGCUGACUGUAUAAAAGUGAACAUUACAGACGGGGACUCAAAUGUAGAUUCAAUGAAAAAAGUUCACUUAAGAAUCCAUGGAGGAGAGAAACCUUUUGUUUGUGAUGUAUGUAGUAAAAGUUUUUCCAACAAGCAAAUUUUAAAAGGACAUACAAGAGUCCACACAGGGGAAAAACCUUUUGAGUGUGAUAUAUGUAGGAGAAGAUUUUCUUGGAAGCAACCUUUAAAAAGGCACAUGAAAAUCCACACAGGAGAGAAACCCUUUAUUUGCGAUGUAUGCAGUAAAGGUUUUUCCGACAAGGAAUAUUUAAAAGCACAUACAAGAGUCCACACAGGGGAAAAACCUUUUGAGUGUGAUAUAUGUAGGAGAAGAUUUUCUUGGAAGAAACUUUUAAAAAGGCACAUGACGAGCCACACAGGAGAGAAACCUUUUGGUUGUGAUACAUGUCCCAAACACUAUUUCUCAAAGUCAGAGUUAAAUAGUCAUAUGAAAAGUCACAUCAGAAAGAAACAUUUUGGUUGUGAUAUCUGUGGGAGGAUAUUUUCCAGGAAGACAACAUUAGAAAAACACACAAGAAUCCACACUGGAGAAAAACCCUUUGGUUGUGAUACAUGUAGUAAAAAAUUUGCCAAAAAGUCAUCCUUAAAUAGUCAUAUGAAAACCCACACAGGAGAGAAAUCUUUUCAAUGUGAUGCUUGUGGAAAAAGAUUUCCUUUUAUGAAUGCUUUAAGAAGACACAUAACAACCCAUACAGGAGAGAAACCUUUUGAUUGUGACGAAUGUGGGAAAAGAUUUUCCAGAAAGACACAUUUAAAUCUGCACUUGAAAAUCCACACAGGAGAGAAACCAUAUACUUGUGUUGUAUGUGGGAGACGAUUUUCCUCUAAGGCACAUAUUGAAACACACAUGAGAACUCACACAGGAGAGAAACCUUUUGUUUGUAAUUUAUGUGGGAGAAGGUUUUCCAUAAAGUCGGUUUUAAAAUCACACAUGAGAACCCACACAGGAGAAAAAGCUUUUGGUUGUGAUGUUUGUGGGAAAGGAUUUUCUUCCAACAAAACUUUAAAAAAACACACAAGAAUCCACAGGGUGACAAACCCUUUGGCUGUUAUGCAUGUGAAAAAAGAUUUUCCAUAAAUGCACAUAUUAAAAGCACAUGAAACGUGUCAUAUCAUAGAAUGGGAUGGGAUAUGAUGACCAUACUUUGUUUUUGUAAGAAUUGAAUUUUAGAAGUAGCAUUUUGAAUUUUGAAAAACGUAGUUGUCUUAUUUUUUUGAAAGUCCUGUAAAAACAAAAUGACAACAGUCGAGCCUGCUGAAAACAAAUGCAUGGACUAAUUUUUCAAAGUCUUUUUGGGACAUCAAUCAUCUAAUGCUGGCAGUAUCUUUAUGUGAUAAUAAGCUGUCUUAAUGAUAAGUUUAAUUUUAUGGUUGUGAUUCAGAUCCCCGAUAUUGGAAACAUUUCUUGCUUUGUCUGAGUUUUUCAAGUCAAUGAAUUAAAGGAUGGCACUUGAUUAUGAUCUAUUCUGUUUUGGCCCAAAAAUCAAAACUUUAGUUUUCUUUGUGACGAAAAUUUUGACACAUCCAGGGGUUAAUAUGUUCAUUGCAAUCAAUAAGUGAUCGUACUGGACUGUAGUCACCUUGUCGUGUCAUCGGCCUAAUAGUAAUAGUGUAUUUUAUUGUUCUGGAGGGUAUAUAGAUAGAUCGAUAUAUAUAUACUUUAUUGAUCCCAAAAGAACAAUUUUAUUGAGCUUAGAUCUGUGGUGACUGAUGGAUACAAAAAACUUCUGUCUUAAAGAUCAAAUUUAACCCAGCUCAACAAUGUGUCAGAUAUAGAAACAAAAUUUGCUAGUCAUAGUAAAAAGUAAUCAACUGUGUUGAAUGUGGCACCAAGCUUGUGUAAAUCUAGAAUUCCGAUUUUGUUCCAAUCAGUAUUAAGUCCAAGAUCAUUGAAAACUCUCACGAGCAGUUUCAGUACUGUGAUGUUGACAAAAGCCUGAUUGAUAAACAUCAAAACUAUUUUUCAAGUUCACAAUUGGUUGAUAAUCGCAGGGGACUGCACAGUGUUCUCCUUAGGUGUGAGUGUGUGUGUGAAUGGUUGUUUGUCUCUGUGUUGUCUUGUGAUAGACUGA